AUGUCUAUUUCUACCGCUCCACAGUUGAGAGUCCUCAUCAAUGGCGCCGGCAUCGCAGGAUCAUGUCUCGCCUACUGGCUUGCCAGAACACGUUUCAAUGCGUCCAUCACCGUUCUCGAGCGGUCGCCUGCUCCCCGACCUACAGGACAGUCGAUCGAGAUUCGUGGUCCUGCUAGAUCCAUCGUUGAGAAGAUGGGUCUACUUCCAGCCCUGCGCGCCUGCAACACCACAGAGGAGGGCACGCGUCUCAUCAACUCAUCUAGCAAGGUUAUUGCCGAAUUCGGCAAGGGAGAUAAUAGUUUUACUUCCGAGUACGAAAUUUUACGAGCCGACUUGUGUGGUCUUUUCCUAGAUGCGACCAAGGAUGUGGGAAAUGUGAAGUACAUGUAUGGUGAUUAUGUCACAGCCCUACAGCAAACGGACAAGCAGGUGGAUGUAACCUACAACAGUGGAGCACCAGACAGCUUCGACCUCGUCGUUGGCGCUGACGGGUCCACUUCAAGAAUUCGGUCAUUGAUUCUGAGUGAAGAAGAGCGGAAAGACAGCUACAACUUCGUCGGCCAAUACGUCGCCUAUUUCAGCAUCCCUCGACAGGACUCCGACACAAAUCAUUGGUACUGGUACAAUGCACCAAGCGGUCUGGGGCUGAUGACACGACCGCAUCGCAACGAAAAGACAAUAGGAUGUUACAUGUGCAUUACAACGCCAGCACGUGGGCAUCGCGAUCCCGUCGCCGAGGAAGCAAUCAAAGGAGGGCCGGGAGCUCAGAAAAAGCUUUUGCACAACUACUUCAAAGAUGCCGGAUGGGAAGCCAAGCGCAUCUUAGCAGGCAUGGAUCAAUGCGACGACUUUUACAUGAGCAGAACAGCCUACGUCAAACUCCCCAAAUGGAUCAAUAACCGUGUUGCCCUUGUCGGUGAUGCAGCGCACGCAACAUUGGGUGUCGGAGCUACGCUUGCUGUCGAGGGCGCAUACUUUCUCGCUGGCGAGCUUUCCAAGAUACAAAACACCGAUGAAAUUGCAGAUGCUCUGGUACGAUACGAGCAUAAUUUCCGCGUGAUACAAGGAAAGGAUGAAGAUAUCCCAUUCUGGUACCCUCAGAUCGCUUUUCCUCAGACGUCUUGGGCCUUGAAGCUGAGGGAUACUCUCGUGUGGACGUUGAGCAAGACCAAGGCGUAUAAGCUCUUGCCCGAGGAGAAGUCAGAUGAGACGAAGUUGCCAGUAUACGACUGGAUCAGCGUUUGA